AUGCAUCGGCCUGAGCGUCUUGUCAUCAGCGGCUCCGUCACUCCCGCCGGCCACCCACGGCGGAAGGGGGCCGCACCGGGGCGUCUGUCGUCGGGCGGACCAUCACAACAGCGGCGGCAGCAACAAAACGAUCUUGUGGACUCGCCGCAGGCCCUGUCCAGCGCCACCACCACGACGGUGUCAUCACGGACAGUUUCUUCCUUGUGCCCUUUUCAAUUUGGUGCAAUGCCGACGGUACUCGACCCAAGUCACGGUAACGCCGUCUCUGCAGGGCCUCAGUCCUCGUCCCCGCUCCUCCCGCAGGGGCGCCAAACUACUGCGCCAAGUGGCAACCAUGUGCUGUCUGUUUUAGAGGGGCCACUUCCAGCAGAGAUACGUGAGAUCAUCCACAGCCAAUGCAGCGGGGAGCCAGCGGAGGUGGCGGAGCGACACGCCAGGCGGCUGCUGAGUACGCAUCGCCGUGUGCGCGUGUACCGCGAGGAACUGCAGAGCGCCGUAGAAGAAGUGGGCGAUGUGGCACAGAUGCUGCAGCGUCACCAGACUGUACAGGAUGCGUUGCGAGUGGAAUUGAAGGACUUGGACGCCCAAAUAGAACGAUUGGUUCGUGAAAGGCAGCUAUGUGAGCUGCAGCUGAGUCAGGAGGACGAGGCGCGGCAGCGGGAUGAGGUGAAGCUUCGCGAUGCAAAGGAGCGGGUGAAUGUUCUCCGCUCGACCAUAGACACCAUCACGCAGGAGUCGCUGGCAGGUUACGUCGUGCUGCGUCAGCUGGUGCCGAACCUGAACGUGGAAAACUACGUCGCAUAG